AUCUAAUAUAUCGCAACGCAGAAUGAAGUAGUGGGAACAGAAACACUAUGGCUGCCAGUCUCUCCCUGACUCAGGUAAGUCUUUUAUUUCAAAACGAAUGGUGAUUAGUGUGUAGGUGCCUUGUCCUUAUUGGGCUAAUUCAUUGAAGGACUGUAAGUGGAUUUGGACAUAUUAAAACUGGUGUGCCCCGCGGUCUCUUGAAUUAUUUGGAAGUUCUCCUUAAGCUAUGACUGGGUAAAGUUUUUGCCUAACCUCUUUGGGGACUGCGUAAGGGCGUUGCUAGCUAGGCUAACAUUAGCUGCCUGUUGUGUCAAUUUUGGAAUGGUAGGAUAGCUACAGUAGCUAGCUAUAACUUUUGCGUAGUUUGUUUCUUUUGAUUGUAUUCACUGUUCACUACAUUACCUAGCUAACUUUGCAUCUUGAAAUAAAGGUGCUCUCAAUAAGAAAACGUUCCUUUUGCAUUUACUCGUGUGUUGUUCGAAUGUCAACAUUUAUUUGCGAUAGUAACGUUAACGUUAGCUAGCGAACUGUUUGCACUCAUGCUGUGUGAGCCAGUUAGCUUAGCAAAGCUAGCUACCAAAAUAGUUGGCUUGGUAACGUUAACUAGCUGCAAUCCACUUUACUCGCUGGGUAAACUAAUGUUAUUAUUGUAACGUAUUAGGUAGGGGAUAUAAAGUCAGCUGUCCUAAAUGACAGUUGUAUUAAUUCAUUAAACUGCCAAUACAAACUAACUUUAACUGGUAACGUUAGCUUGCUGUCAUCAUCAGCUAGUUAGCGAGAAGAGGAAGUAGCCGCAUGUUGUCCUAUAUGCCAAUGGCCAACUAUGUUGCAGACGACCGCUAUGCUUUAUUUAUCACAUUGAUAUUUAGCAUUGGUUUUCUGGCUAAUAUUAAGUUGUGAUAGUGGACAUUAUUCGCCAGUGUUCUACUGGCUAAGCUAGCUAGUAAGUUUAGCCAACAUCCUGACUAUACUCAAGGUGAUAUUGUUAUUCUCAAAGCUACUAUAACGUAGGUAACUACAUAUUUUGAUUGAAUAAUGACUGCAUUAGCUAUAUGUCACUAACUAGCUAGCUAAGUUAGUAUGCACUGAUUCACAUCUUUGUCUUACGUUAUGGGAUAUUACCAUUCCUCAAAGCAGUGACAUGUUUUUUUUACCUAGGCUGAGCUAUACCUAGGCAAAAGACUGGGGUUGGUUACUACAGUUGGUGCAAUUUCUUGGCAGCUGUGCUGUGUGGGAAUAAGGGAUUGGACAAGAAAAUACUCCAAACAACAGCACAGUAUAGCUAGUAUCUGCUGCAGUUUUGUGAAGAGAAUGAUUGUGAGUGUUCACUGCUGUGCAAUUAGUCACACAAAGACUCCGUGUUUAGGCAGCCAACAGUUCCAGGCACACAAUUGUUUCCAAUAGAAAAUGGCGGUGGGGGGGCUGGGAAAUAUAUAGUGAAUAAUGGUCAGAUUAUGAAUUGACUAUUGAAAUAGCAUGCAAUGUCACUAUAAGCAUUUCAAUGAGUAAGCUAGAUCUAGAUGUUUUAUAUAGCGUUUCGGAAUCGUCUGACUCGUCUAUAAUAUUGCAAGGUGGCAGUUUGUAGAAAUGUUACAUUUAUUAGUCAGCUGUUCCUUGAAAAUGUUGUUGUAAAAGUGCAACAGAGAAGAGCACAGCCAAUAUUGAGUCUGUUCACAGAGAAAGCUCUUACUGGUAGAAGACCCCCAUGCACCAUCCCAUCUCAUGGUUUUCUUUAUUAGGAGACAUUUGUAUCAUAACAGAAAACAAGAUGGGAUAGUGCUCUUCUAUUUCAUAUGAUCAUUGGCAGAUGACUGUCUUCUCAUGAUCUGAUUUCAUACGUAGGCUAGACCCUAUUUGUUUGAUUCAUUGUGUAAAAUAUGUGCUAGUGCAGGCUACUUGUUCAAAAGGUUGGUUGACUCAUGUUACUGAGGAAUGUGAUUAUCAUUAGGAUUUCAUUUGGUGGUACGAUUGAUUAAAAAAAAUCUAUGAUGUUUAUAUGUAAUUGUAAUGUAUGUGUGUUUACGUCUAUAAUUUGUUUGUCUAUGUUUGUAAGUUGUUACGUCUGGAAACAUUGUUCCGCUGCUGCUGUCUAGUUUGGAUGAGGUCUCUCUUGAAGUAGAUUUUUUUUUUUUAUCUCAGUGAGACUACCUGGAUAAUUAAAGGUUAAAUAAAAACUUUGUUUAGCCUGUUGCUUGGACUAGGCAUUCCACUUUUCAAACAACUUGGUUUCAAGAGGCACACGCACAGUACUGAAGUACACAUUGCCAGCCUAUGGAUGUAUUAGCCUGAAUGUCAUUCAAACACUUACAUGGUAGAGUAACUUGAAGAGACACACUGAUUUAACUAUUAAGAUGAACAUGAUGCAAAAUGCUCAGAUUAAACAUUGAUUUCCUAUAGAAAUAGGCCUAUUCCCAUCUGUAAUGUAUUAGCCUUGCUUUUUGGAAGCUGCCAGGGCCAUGUAAUACAGGCUUGGCCAGAAAUCAAACAACCACUUGUGGAUCUCAGCUAAUGGGUCUGCUGUGAGUGUACUAUGUUCUAGAUGGUGGUCUGGUUAUUUAACUAGCUAGUGCUUGCACAUUGAUAUGUAGGCCUGGCUUUAUUUAAUGGAUUAUAUUUUUCUACUCAGAAUUCCUAUGCUGCUUAGCUUUUGCAGUUUGGUUGGUGUUGGCCAAAUGAUUGAUGAUAUGAAAUGUUAUGAUUGGCUUGCUUGAAGGGUGUAGUCUGGCCCUUUUUAUGAUCAUAAAAUGUGUCUCAUGGAGCAUUUUAUGUCUAUCUCCACAGCUCUCAAGUGGAAAUCCUCUCUAUGACAAAUACUAUCAACAGGUAAGGCGUCAUUUGAAGGUGUCUUUUUGUGAGUCCUUGGGCGAAUUCCAUGAUGUACUAAAGUAGUAGUACCUAGGUUUAUAAGUGGAGUAACAGAGAAGCUCUCAUCUAGAUGCUCUGUCAGGGCUGUUCAGAUGAGAGAGCACCAGAUAGAAUGGGAAAUGCUGUGCAGCAUUAGCCAGCAACUGCAGAGCUGCGCUGAACAUGUCUCCAGGCUUUUCUCCACUCUGUGAUCUACUCUGUGCAAGAGGAGGCUUCUUUAUGAAUUAAUGAUAACUCUUUGCUAACCCUGUCAUUGCAGAGGCUCAAAGAGGGCUAAGUGAAAUGGUAGACACUACAAUGGGGAAAAUGUGAUGGAUUAAGGACUCCCAUCAAAGUAUUAGCCUAUACUUAAGCAUACCUGUUUAUUACAUAAUCAAUGGAAUUUAGUCUUAUUUUGUAUUGCUAAGUCAGCACAAAUUAGCUAUAGAUCUGGUGCUUUUACUGGCUAAUUCUUCUUUCUAGUGUUGACUUGUUUUGUCCUGUGUUGUAGGUCGACCCGUCUGGUAGUGGACGGGUGGCAGCUGCUGAUGCAGCCUUGUUCCUGAAGAGAUCAGGCCUGGCAGACCUCGUCCUGGGCAAGGUAAGAUACUAGAUGACACAGCUGAUGGCCAGACACCAAGCUAUGGCACUUACCCAGUAUGGUUGUAUGCGGGAAUCCCUAUAUGACUGAUGUAAUUGAAGUGAAUUAAAAUGUCUUCUUAGAUCUGGGAUUUGGCAGAUUCAGAACGCAAGGGGUGCCUUAACAAGCAGGUAGGCCAACUGUUACUUAGUAGAUUUACAAUGUCGUGUUAGAAGUAUUCAAAGAUUCCUUGUAGUAAGACAACCAGAAUACACUUUUUGUGUCUGCACCCAUCAGCAAUUCUUCAUUGCUCUCCGGUUGGUGGCCUGUGCUCAAAAUGGACUGGAGGUGACACUCAAGAGUCUCAAUUUGGCAGUUCCUCCCCCAAAGUUUGUGAGUACAAUCAUCACUGAAACCCACAGUCUCUAUUCAAGAAACAGACGUUUGAUUUAAUAGCAUGUGAGCUUUAAAACAGCUAAAAAAAACGCACCUUUGUUGAUGAUGCAAACUCUUUUCCCUUUUUUUUUUAUUCUCCUCAGCAUGACACAAGCAGCCCACUUCUACCUGGGGGAGUGUCCAUUGACGGCCCAUGGGUGGUCAAGGUGAGGGGAAACCUAUCACUAUUUCUUAAAAGAUGUAACCUGGUAAUUUUGUCCUGGUCCGUAAUAAUGAAAGCAGAAACAAACCACGUGGAUGACACAUUUAAAAAAAAACAUCUACCUCUUAUUCAAAUCCGUUUUUCAAAGCUAUUUCAGGGGGGUUCUGAGCCUUGCAAAAUCCAAUUAGAUUACUUUUAUCUAAAGUGUAAAUUAUGCUUGAAUCAUGCACCUAUACCGUGUCCCUGUAUGACUUUCCAGACGGAAGAGAAGCUGAAAUUUGAUGCCAUAUUCGACAGCCUCUCCCCCGUUGGUGGAAUGCUCUCUGGGGAGAAGGUCAAACCAGUGUUGCUCAACUCCAAACUUCCAGUGGAUGUACUGGGAAGGGUAAGCCUAACAUACAGUAUCUACAGGGCUCAUAAUGAAUGAGUUUUGGUGGCCAUUAAAGAGUAAAUGCACGUGUGCCCACUGGGGGGUGGUCUUGUGUUAAACAUUUCUGCUGCUUUUCCAAGCUUGACUGGGAUGGUUAUUUGUGACAACAUUGAUCAGCUUUUUAGUCCAUGAUUUGGUCUAUUUUACUGACUUUAUGCAUAUUUUUUAAACUUAUUGUUUUAUGUACUGAACGCCCCCCAAAUGUUGCAGGUAUGGGAACUGAGUGACCUAGACAGAGAUGGUAUGCUCGACCGAGAUGAGUUUGCUGUGGUAAGAAAUAGAUGAAUAAUUCAAGUGUAAUAUAAAUAUUUAGUGUGUUCAAAGAUGAAAUGUGGACUAUUCUGUAAGAUUUAGUGUGUUGCUGUGUGCUUCUAGAAUAGAAUAUGUAGUUUGUCAACAUUGGACUUCCCUGAUCUUAUAUUGAAACAGACAUGAUAGGCAGAUUUAUGUAAGUGAAUCGUGUAUUUAUGAGUGUAUGUUCUCCUUCAUUAGGUCAUGUACCUGGUCUACAGAGCUCUGGAGGGGGAGCCCGUGCCCAUGUCUCUGCCUGCUACCCUUGUGCCACCCUCCAAGAGGAAAAAGCCCCCGGUCUCUGUACCCCCUGUGAUGCCCCUUUUACCCUCGCCUCCCUCUAUCAAAGAGAGACGCUCCUCCCAUUCCGGGUCCAAAACCCUGCCCUCCAAACCAGCAGCGACCCCAGUCACAGUGAGUACAAUAUUCAUUCUAGUAUGAAAGUGAGGCGGAAAGUAACAUCUCUGUAACAAUCCUGUCCCCUCUGUCUCUUUUCAGUGGGCUGUAUCUCCUCCAGACAUAGCCAAGUAUGACGAGGUUUUUGCAAAGACCGAUCUUGACAUGGAUGGUCUGGUGUCUGGGCCUGAAGUCCGAGAUAUCUUCUUAAAGACUGGCUUGCCCUCCGCCACACUAGCACGCAUCUGGUAAGACAUAUCAGGACAUGUUUAGUCUUAAUUCAGGCGACAGACUCUUAGAUAAUAUGGGGUGCCUGCACUUGCGUUUACUAAUUCAACCUGGACAUUGGUCAUACAGGGCUGGUUUCUGGACCCAGAGUAAAUUCAUGGACUGAAAAGCUAGUUCAAUUAAGAUUUUCUAUUGAGCAGAACUAGGCUUAAUAUGGGUCUGUGAAACCAGCCUAUAGUUUGUCAAUAUUAUGCCCAUUGCCGCAGGGGUAAAUGGAUCUUUCUGUUGUAAAAUGUGGUCAUCUGUGUUCCACAGGGAGCUCUGUGACAUUGGGGACAUAGGGAAGCUUACCAGGGAACAGUUUGCACUAGCGCUGCAUCUAAUUAACCAGAAACUGACCACGGAUGUGAACCCACCCCAGAACCUCUCUCCUGAAAUGAUCCCUCCCUCAGACAGACUGAGCCUAGCAGCCAAGCAGGUAAGACUCAGCUCUUUCAUCCUGCAUGUUGUAAACCGGUCUUAGACAUCCAAUAAUCAUAAAGGGUGAAUAUCUUAUUUUUAUCCGGUAUAUUUCUCUAUGAAGAAUGGCUAGGACUAUUUUGAUGAAUAGGCUACUUAAUUGUGAUGCAGAUUUGAUAACUUCUAUUUCCUGAUGUUUUACUAAUACUUUCCUUCCCUUCUCCUGUGGUGUGGGUUUUUGUGUUCUAGCUUGCUGCUGUGUCUCUGACCCUGUCUGUGUAUGCUGUCUCUUUGCGUUCUUCCUCAUGACUCAUGCAUUGUACACAAGGUGGGAUCUCCCUCUAGCUGGGGACUCUCCUGAGUGUUGGCUUCACUGUCUCCCCCCCCUUAGCCCCUGGCAGUGUCAUCCGCCCAUGUACCAACCUCAUAAUAUUCCCUUUGCUUUCCUCCUAGUUCAAGUGGUAGUCAUUUUAGUGCCCUCUACCAUUUGUGUUUCCAUGUAGGUGUGCUUUCAGUGUUCUCCCCCGUUCAGUUUCUUGUAUGGGUCAUUUUGGGAGGCUCAUAUUAUUCCACAUCAUGUUUGCCAUUCCAUUAAGUUAAUGUUUAGACAUUGUUCAUAUGUUGCAGUGUAUGUAUGGUCAGUAAAGCCACACUGAUGUAAAUGUAAACAAAUCGUUAGUUUGUUUUCUGCUUUCAAUGGUCUCUCCCCACCAGAGCAACGCAGCAAAUCUGGCAGCAGACUUUUCUGCCAUCAAGGAACUGGACUCGCUCAGCAAUGAGAUUGUCGAUCUACAAAAGUGAGUGGCAAGCAGAGUUGUAAUCAUCCAUGUAACUGUAUUUGAGGGAUGGGUUAGCUCCGGCUUUGUGUUUGACAAGAGUUUGUUGGUGUGUUGGAGCAUGUAACUUCCCCGCAUUUAAGGUUGCCUCUGCUAUGACAGCCAAGGAACUGGGCCUUGCUCUGUCUCACAUUGGAAUAUUUCAGGGAAUACAUGGUAUAGUUGUAUGUUGUAAGGGGAGUCUUGAGAAAAGAGAGACACACACAAGUUCUCCACUGAGGUAUGUUUGCUGUCUGCAGAAAGAGCAGAUGGAGGGGAGCUGGGAGGCUGACGAGCUGUCCAGGGACUCAUAACAUGAGUGAGGAAGGGAGCCUUCUAGCAGGGUCUCAAGAGGUUCUCUAGCUCUCUCUUUCUCUCUCUUUGUUUGUGUGUGAUGAGGGAGAACCACCGGCUGAAGGGGAAGGCAGGCAGAGGGGUUUGUUAAGGCAGCUCAUUAACACUGGGAUAGGCUUUUCCUCUGUUUGAAUGUUGAGAAAGUGCAGCAUAUUUUCUCACCUGCUAACAAAUCCCAUAGCUGCCCCACUACAGACAUAACCGCAGCUAGAUAUGGUGGAAGUAAGUAAUGGAUCAUAGAUUUAAACUGACUGUCUGAAACCAGCAUUCUGUUAUUUUUGGCUGACAAAUUGGAAGAGGUGCAUGGGAUGUUGUCUACAGAUGUUCUUUCUGGAUGGUUGCCUGGGCAUCUAAAUAUACAGUCCGUUAAGUUAGUACUCCUGACGCACACGUCGCCUACCUCACUUUAGCUCAUCUCUCAACUGGUCCUGCACUCUACAUGUGUGGCUGUUUUGUAUCUGGCUGCCUUUUUUGUUUCAACAUUCUUCAUGUUGAGCAAAACAUUCUAUUAUUGAUUAUAUUUAAUUAAUAUGAACAAUGGUAAUAUCUAUUCUGUUGCACAGUUUUGCCUUUUGGCAUCUUAGUGUUCUACCUUGCUAAAUGAAUGGCUUUAUUAUUGUCAGUUGAUAAAGAUCCAGGAGGAUUUGGACUUGUUAGGGAGAGCAGAUAACUGAAGAGGCCCUGCCUAUUGUGCACAUUUUCACAUCCUCUGUUCCCUCCCUUUUUACCUUGUCAUCUGACCGUGCAGGAAAGGGAUGGGAGGGGUAGGUGGGAGGAUGAACUGACAGGGAAAGGAACGAUAUUCAUCCCUCCCUCUCUCCACUGAAUCACUGAGACUUCCUCCAGGCAGCCAUCUGCACACACAGUCCUGCCCCUCUCUCUUCUCCUCUGCUCUCCCAUCUGCCAGAACAAACACCGACACACAGAGACCCUCUCUCGCUCAAGGCUGUUGCUGCAGGGGUUGGUUGGUCGGUCGGUGUGUGUGUGUGUGUGUGGUCUGCUACAGUAGGAUCAGGAUGGUGGUGCAGGGAGAGGAGCUGUCAUCUGGGGAAGGUGGUGGUGUGGUAGCCUGGCUGGGGGUGCCCUCGGUCUCCACGGUGAUUAAAUACUCAUGUCUUCUGUGCUGGUCUUCCAGGGAGAAGAGCUCUGUAGAACAGGACAUUAAAGAGAACGAGGAGAGCAUCAGAGAAAGGACCAGUGAAGUCCAGGUACAGUAAACCUGCUGCCUACAUGCCCCUCAGCUCUCUCACUACCCUUAGAUUGUUUCUUUUCAUUUCAUCCACUUGAUGACUAUUGUCUGUAAAUUCAUUUUCUAUAUAUAUAUAUUUUUUUUGGUCAAAUGUUACAAAGCUGUAACAUUCUACUAUUUAGCUGCUCUUGUUGAAUUUGUCAGCGGUAGUCUGCAUGAUUCUGUUAGGCUGUGAAGCUAUGGCUGAGCAGAAGAGAACAUACUCCCCCCUCGGUCUGUAUGUGUGCGUUUGACUAUGAGUCAGAGCCGCCUCCACUAGUUAUAUGAUGCAAACCUCAACACUGAGUGUACAAAACAUUAGGAACACCUGCUCUUUCCAUGACCAUAGACUAUCCAGGUGAAAGCUAUGAUCCCUUAUUGAUCACUAAAUCCACUUUAGUCAGUAUAGAUGAAGGGGAGGAGACAGGUUAAAGAUUGAUUUUUAAGCCUUGAGACAAUUGAGACAUGGAUUGUGUGUGUGCCAUUCAGUGGGGGAAUGGGCAAGACAAAAUAUUUAAGUGCCUUUGAACGGUGUAUGGUAGUAGGUGCCAGGCGCACCGGUUUGAGUGUGUCAAGAACUGAAACGCUGCUGGGUUUUUCACGCUCAACAGUUUCCCAUGUGUAUCAAGAAUGGUCCACCGCCCAAAGGACAUCCAGCCAACUUGACACAAUUGUGGGAAGCAUUUGAGUCAGCAUGGGCCAGCAUCCCUGUGGAAAGCUUUCGACACCUUGUAGAGUCCGUGCCCCAAUGAAUUGAGGCUGUUUUGAUGGCAAAAUAUUAGGAAGGUGUUCUUAAUGUUUUGUACACUAUGUAUAGUGCACCAUAUUGACAUUGAGAUUGAUUGCACAAACUGAACUGAUGUGAUGUACCCUCAAUCAGUAUAGAUCCUGCUUCAGUAACCAGGUUUCCGUCCAAGGUUUUUACUUGAGUAAAGUACAUGUCAGAUAAAGGCCUGAUGGGGAAAAAAGUGUCUGUUUCCAAAUUUCGACAAAACUAAAUACGCUAGAAAAAGUGGGAUCUUUUUGUGUUGGGAAAAUGAAUUAUGCGAGAAAUGCGCAAAAAUUGAUAACCAUCAUAUCGAAGUAAACUUGGAGUCACAAUUUAUAUGGUGUGGUCCUCCCACUGUGAGUCUGGAAACCAUGUAGUUUAUUAGGCUACAGAUUAAAUAAUUUAUGAUGAACUUCACAGGGUGGUGAAAGUGUACGGUGACCUUGAUGCACCUUCACAAUAAAUAUUGAGGGUCUAAUUCUGGUGACAUGAUGAUCAAUGAUUGACUGCUGAUUGACAAAUAUUCUCUCAUCUAUAAUCUCAUGUAGACUAUCCUACCUGCACUGUAUCUGUGAGCUGUUGGCACAUGCUAAGACCAGAGUAGGCACAUUUACUAUUUAACGCAACAGUUUUUGUGACAACUAUCGGUAGAGUUGAAAAUGUGAUGGAAACGCAUUGAAUUUUAGGUUUUUAUUCGGUACAUGAAAAAGUACAUUUUGUGUGCACUACGUCAUCACUCACUGAUUUUUAUCCGCAACAAGUCAGUUUGGUGGAAACACACCACUGGUGGGAAAAUUUGCAUAUUUUCUUUAUGAUUUGAGAAUAAUUGCAUGACAAUCUGCCGCCAAUUGGAUGGAAACCUAGCUAGUGAUAAUAUUCUUUGACUAUUACCUCCAAGUUAUUAUCAAGGAUAUUAAUUAAUUAAUUAAUAUAACCUAUUUAGAGGAAGUAUAUUAUAUGAUACUUUCAUAUCCUGUCGUCUGGGGUUGCCAAUCUUAUCAUUUUAUGCAAAUAAAUGAAUUUUUAGGAAAACUUCAAGUGUUCUUGAAUAAGCCAGUGCCAUAGCAGAGGUGUAUCACCUGUAAACCCUAUGCCAGUAUGUGAAUAUCACCUUGUCUUUAUUCUGUAGUCUCUAUUUGAUCAUUAAUGGAUGUAUGAAUGUCAGGUUUAAUUAUCUCCUCUCAGGUCCUGUUCUCUAUUGACCCCAGCACUCUCCCUGAGAGGACUUCAUUAACAUUUAAACACCUAGAAAAGAGGUGUACAUUACCACACUUGAACCCAGGUGAUCAAACUCUAUAGGCUAUAUUAACUUCCAUUGAUUAUUAGUUAUUUUCUGCUGUGUAUUUGUGAAAUACUGCUUUUUCUCUGGUACUGUAGGUGUUAGCCAAUGGUGUGAAAAGCUGUCAUUAGACAGACAGCACUGUUUCCUCACCCCAGGGUUCAGCUCAGCAAUGAGCAGUCACUGCCAAUUAGCCAGCAUCAAUGUAUUCAUGAUGGGGCAACUAGUCGGUUUUACAAGAGCUAUAUCAGCAAAUAAGGUAUAUGAGUAACUAAGAUUGGAAUUGUACAGUAAAAUGUAAGGCCCAAAAAAUAUUUAACAGUUCCACAGGGAUCAUGGAUUAUUCUCUCUACAAUACAUGUUUAGUAAGUCAUACUGUCAUUUCUGAGUAAUUAAGUAUUCUAAACAAAGAGGGAUCAAUAAACUAUUAGUGUUAAUAGGCUAGCCUUGAAUCCUGGCAUGUGUAGCAGUCACUUCAAAAUGAUUAGGAGAUGAGGGCAGGAGUGCCUUGCCUUGCCGCUGUGCUGGAGUUGGUCUGAUAAAUGGCUUCUAUUUUGGGCUGCGACUGCCUGGCUACUUUGAACAGACAUAGCUUAGAGUGCAGCUGCUCCCUAGAGGAAAUGGACGAAGACGUUCAUCCCUCUGAGCCUGGGCUGAGGAGCGGCUGAUUAGUUUUAUACCACCAACCACACCCUUCUACAUUCACUUCCUCAAGAAACAACAUGUAGGCAUAAAUACGAAGUCAGUGUGAUGGCACUUUGGGGAAACUCACAUCGAUUUUGUUCUGCUGCAGUGGAGAACCUCGUCAAGGCUGAGCUAUUUAUAUGUCACAAUAUUCUGGCAGUCAUAAUGGGUUGACUCUGACUCAUCCUCUCUGCAGACUCUGCUCAGUCAGUCUCUGCUCCUAUUCUCACUUAUUGUUCUCUUUCUCUGGCUGUUAUGUCACUCUGGUAUCCCUUCCCUCCUCAGGACCUGCAGAAUGAGGUGCAGAAGGAGAGCGGGGUGCUGCACCGGCUGCAGUCUCAGCGCCAGGAGGUCCAGGAUGCUCUGGAGGAGCUGGACCAGCAGAAGACCACUCUGGAGGAGCAGCUUGGUCACAUCCGCCAGCAGUGCAGCCAUGAGAACCAGCGGGUGAGACUACAGGACCUAUCAACCAACCACAACUUCACACAGCACCUGGAACACCUUCAGAGAGGAACCAGUCAAUAGCAAGUGUAUUUGUUGGUCCGAUUGUCAUCCAUUUUGUUUGAACUCUUUUCUCUCAUCUUGCUUCUCUUUCUGUGGUGUGUGUGUCUAGAUCUCGUCACUAGAGGCGGAGCACGCGGAGCAGGAGCAGAGGAUCGAGGAGUACGAGGAGCAGCUGGUGCAGGCCAGAGAGGAACUGCUGCGGCUGCAGGAGGAGACCCAGCAGUUGGAGGAGAAGGUGCAGGCAGCGCGGGAGCAGCUCACCCCCCUGCGGGAGUCUGUCCGAGACUCCUUCUCUCAGGUCUCUCAGGUGAGUCUACUCAGACUCACCAUCAUUACUGCCAUGGUGGUGGGAUAGUGCAAAGAUUUCAUGGUGGCGGGACAGAGCAAAAUCGACGAUUUCAUGGUGAUAGGAGUAAAUUUAAAGAUUUCCCUUAAUGUAUAUUCCUGACAUAGGAAAAUGGACAAGAGAAUAUCAGGUAAAGGGUGAGUUAGUGAAUCGCUCUCUCUCCCUUCUAUCCCUCUGCUCUCUCUACCUCUGUCUGUACUGGGGGCAGGUGCAGCAAAAGCUGAGUGAUCUACAGUUGGAGGAGAGGACGGUCACGGCCCAGCUCAGCUGGAAGAUGGCCCUAGAGGAGGAUCCAGUGCCAGUCCUGGUGAACGGUUCAGCGAAUGAGCCGCACCCAGAGGACCAGGCUGAGGAGCUGAGAGUGGAGCCUCCAGCCAUCCAGCCACAGAUGGAGCCGGCUGAACCGAUAGAAGAAGUGGAGGAGGACAGGCCUAAGGCCCCAGAGGAACCGGUGCCUAAGUCUGAUGCCUUCAAAGACCUCUAUAACAGCCUGUCUUCCACUGCCUGGCCAGUACCACAGGACAACCUUGUGAAGGCAAUAUAUCAUACUCUGAAAUAUCUGUCAUUUUAUAAUUUGUUCAUAAGUCUGUAUGUGUUCUGUCAUGCCAUCAUGGGGUCUGAAGUUGAUGUUUUUCCUUCUCUUUCCUUAGGAGCACAUUAGUCCUGUUGCUUUCACUCUUCAGGAGCAGAGAAGUCCUACUUCUGAAGUUGUAGAUGAACAGGAUGAGGAGUCGUUUAAAGCUAGCACUCCCAAGGUACAAUAUGGUCGCAUCAUCUUUAGCCAUUGGAUUCCUCCCUGGACUCAUGCCUGACCACUGGACUGUACUGAUCACCUGUAUCUUCUCAGCAGGUGGAAUCCCCAGAGCCAGAGAGGAGACCAGAGUCAACUGAGCCUCCCCAGGCAACCCCGCCUGCCCUGCCUCCACAGACCACUCCCCCUCCACUCCCUGCCCAGCCUACCUUGUCCCCAACGACCAGCCCCCCUCCGCUCCCUGGCAUGGACUUCUUCCAGUCAGACCCCUUCACUGACCGUGAGUUACCCCUCCUCCUAAACCUAUGUAUUUAAUGAAAGAUUAAUCCCAACUGAUUCUAUUGUCUGUCUUCUCUUCUGUCUGUCUGUGCAGAUGAUCCAUUUAAAGAUGAUCCGUUUGGAAAGGCAGAUGUUUCCUGUGAGUGAGUCUUGUUAACGCAAUAUGAGCUCAAAUAAUGCAGCUAUGCAUGCGAGACACCAAAUAAUAUUUUAAUAUUAGCCUAUAUUUGGAAUAUUACAACCUAUAACAUAGCUGUUCUUCAACAGAUCCGUUUGGAGGAGACCCGUUUAAGGGCACAGACCCCUUUGCUGCUGACGCCUUCUUCAAGCAGUCUUUGGCCGCCCCCUUCCCCUCUGCUGACCCCUUCACCCUCACUGACCCCUUCAGUGAAAGUGCCAGCCUAGCAGAUCCCGAUCUGUUUGCAGCUCCGCUCAACAACGCUGCAGGACUGGACCCCUUCAGCUCCAAACCCAAUAACAAGGCAGCCAGGGACCCCUUCAGUGCCAAGGUCAACAACGUGGAUGCGGAUCAGUUUGGAUCCAAAAUGGACUCCCUGGCAGAGCCAGACCCGUUUGGCUCCCAGGGCACUGCAGGUCCGGAUCCCUUCAGCUGCUCCCAGCCAGGCUCUGAGCUCCCCGCGGUGAGUGUUGCCACCAUAGGGAUCCUAUUAAAUUACUAUAGUAUUCUAAUUCCUAAUUCUAUGAGUGCCACAGUGCUGAACUGAUCAUAUGCCUUAGGAACACUCACUCAGGCAGCUACCCAGUUUCCCCCACCAACACUUUGUGUUAAUUAUGCUCGCAGAAAGACCCAGUCUGUGCAUGGUAAUGAAGGAUGACUGUGCACUUACUCUUUCUGUCCUUAAUUAUUCUAGCUAGGUUGGCACUGUUUAUAGGAUUUUAGUCGUAAAACUGACAUUGUAUGUAUUUCUCUCCCAGAAGGAUCUCACUGCAGCACCUAAUGACCCUUUUGCACCUGGAGGCACUGCAGUAAAGACUGGCUCUGACCCAGGUAAGACUCCAGGGAUGGAGCCUCCCUCUGGGCAGUGGGUGGUAGGGCAGAUGGUAGUACCCUGUCUGGCUAAACUGUGUGUUGUUGAGUAAUAUCUACACCUUGUGUGUGUCCUUCAGAUCCAUUUGCUGCCGUCUUCGGCAACGAGUCAUUUGGACAGGGAUUUGCAGACUUCAGCGCCCUGGCCAAGGUAAGAUUGGGUUCUCUAGUUGUCCUUGGUGUGUGUCAUCAUGGCUGCCAUGUGAGCAGAACUAGGGAUCACUAGGGACUUCCGGUUUAACCUCAGUGUCUUUUUUUUAGAUAAGGAGGAGUUUGAUGUCUGUGGGUGUGAAAUGUGAGCAUGUCUGGAGAGGACUGCCUGUUUAUACAUUCACCUCCAUUAUUCAUGCUGUUAAGGAGGAAGGUGGUGGUGUUGCUGUAAACAUGAGAGAGGAGAGGAGUCAGUCAUGCUCUUCUGGCCUUCUCUGGUUGUUUCCCAGUCUAACAGUUCUGACCCCUUCGCCUCAUCCAACUCGUCCAACAACAGCCAGCCCAGCAGCCCUGAUGUUCCCCCAGCUUUGCCCCCCAAGACGGGAACGCCCACCAGACCUCCCCCUCCACCCCCAGGUCAGUUCUCCUGCUGCUCCUGACUCUGGAAAGCAAAUUUUCCUUCAUGCUUUUUGUUGUCAGUGCUUUUCUGGUGCCAAGUACUAGUAGCAGAAUGGCAUUGGUAUUCAAAACAUGCAGGUUUAGUACCUAGUGGGGUUUUGUAGUCAUUGUUGCACUUUUGUUAGGAGUUCUUCCCUGGGCGCCUCAUUCCUUACUGAGCUGAGUGCUCUUGGGUGGUGUGUGUGUGUGAAUGUAGGUAAGAGAUCCUCAAUCUCCAGAUCAGAGUCGUCGGACUCGUUCCACAGAAGGGGACCCUUUCUUCCCCAGGGCUCAGGAGAUCCCCCUUUCUCCCAACCUGCCAAGGACGCUGCCCAGGACCCCUUCGCCCCAUCCUCACCCCGCCAGCCCGCACAGGACCCUGACCGAUUUGCCAGCUUUGACAAAGUGAGCACCUCCCCUGCCCCCUCUCCCCCUCCUGACAGCGACUAGGUCGCCCUCCUCUGUUUCCUCGCUCACAAGCCACAUCCACCAAACGGCACUCUCAGCCUCUCCUCCAUUCAUAGCCAAACUCUCUACCUACCUACCUGAGGAGCAUUUUAAGGCCUUAUAGAAAUAUAUAGAUGAUGGAUUUUACUUUUUUGAUGAUUUUAAAUGCAUUCCUUUGUUUUGCUAAAGAGGUCAUCUCUAUAAUUUUGUAUCCAUUUUUUGUUUAUUCCUGCUACCUUAUGUAUUCCAUAGUUAUUUUGUUACCAAUGUUAUGUUUCUUUAUGUAAAGGUUUAUUUAUAUCUGUAGUUACAUUUCUGUUUAUUUCUAAGUUGAACUGGAGUUUAGCCUUGUAAUAAUUGACGAUGUUCCCUUGAAUAACUUGCACUGCCUAACUUUACUCAUUUAAUAGUGUAGAUAUAGAUAUACACAGUGUACAAAACAUUAGGAACACCUGCUCUUUCCAUGACAUAGACUGACCAGGUGAAAGCUAUGAUCCCUUAAUGAUGUCACUUGUUAAAUCCACUUCAAUCGGUGUAGAUGAAGGGGAGGAGACAGAUUAAUUAUGGAUUUUUAAGCCUUGAGACAAUUGAGACAUGGAUUGUGUAUGUAUGCCAUUCAGGGGUGAAUGGGCAAGACAAAAUAUUGAACGGAGUAUGGUAGUAGGUGCCAGGCGCAACGGUUUGAGUGUGUGAAGAACUGCAACGCUGCUGGAUUUUUUUCAUGCUCAACAGUUUCCCAUGUUUAUCAAGAAUGGUCCACCACCCAAAGGACAUCCAGCCAACUUGACACAAUUGUGGGAAGCAUUGGAGUCAACAUGGGCCAGCAUCCCUGUGGAACGCUUUCGACACCUUGUAUAGUCCAUGCCCCAACGAAUUGAGGCUGUUCUGAGGACAAAAGGGGGUGCAACUCAAUAUUAGGAAGGUGUUCCUAAUAUCUUGUCCACUGUGUAUAUUAAUAAACAUUCUAAUAUAUUUAAAAUGGAUAAUCUUUUCACUGAGUGACCUUAGUCACCACUAACUGGACUAAAAGCACACACAAUCUUCCCCUUCAUGACUCGUAUUCCGCAUAGCCCUCAUGAGCCCCGGUUGGCUGUGGAUGGAAAGGCUGCUUGCUUUGACUCUUGUGAUUUUAUUUAUUUAGCACAACCACAGAAAGGAUGAAAGGCUUGACCGAGCUCCUCCUCCCUCUGACUGCCCUCCACCCUGCAUGACCUCCUGCACCCUGCCCUGCACACACUGUGUCCUUGUGUCUGAUUGGCUGGUUCCCAAUGACCCUCCACAUAUCCUCCUCUCACUCUGACUGGAAUCACUCCUCAUCCUGCAUCCCUCCAUUCGUCCUGCUAUCACCACUCAUGCCACCCAUUAGCACUGACUGCACUGUGGAGGAGACUUCUGCUCUGAGUUUUUACUCUUCUGUUCCUCAGUCGAAUAAGCUCAAUAAAAAGUCUGAAGGGUACCAUCUCCAUCUCUGGGCUCCAUGUGUAUCCAUAUCCACCAGAUUGAUUUCCCACAGAUUGCUGCUGUUUGUAUAACGGAGUUAAGAACGUACCGUAAGCGCACUCCACAGCUAGCUCGAAAUGUUGUAGAUUGAGCCAUCUAAUUGGUACCUUUCGGGUGGCUCAACCCGUUGGAACAUUGUCAAGGAGAGUAGUCUCGUGUGUUGGCAAAGCAGAGGUCCCAAGUUGGAGCCAGUUUAUGAGCCGAAACGGGGGGAAGUGGUACUGGCUAAGAAAGCAGCGUGACGUCCGUAACAUUUGCUCCUUUUUAUGUUCUAAUAUGAUGCGUCAAUUCUGGUGUAAUCAAAUCCUGGAUUCAAUUAUAAUAAUAAUAAUAAUAAUAAUAAUAAUAAUAAUAAUAUGCCAUUUAGCAGACGCUUUUAUCCAAAGCGACUUACAGUAAUGCGUGCAUACAUUUUUUUUUGUGUAUGGGUGGUCCCGGGGAUCGAACCCACUACCUUGGCGUUACAAGCGCCGUGCUCUACCAGCUGAGCUACAGAGGACCACAUUAUGGCUUGAGCUGUAAAAAAUUAACAAUCGGUUUGCUCUGAAUUCACAAACCUAGUUUUACUGGCCUCUGAUAAGCAUUUAUGGAUGUUUGUUAAAUUGAGUAGCCAUUUUAUGAAUAGAAUAGCAGAAGUAAAAUGUUUCGGAGGGUUGAAAGGGCAAAGAGGACAUCCCGCUUCAGAUAAACACUAAUGUGUGAAUGACUCAUGCAUUUGGCAAUUGUGGUGGUCAGACUACUUCGACUACAGUUAACAUGAUUGAAUUUGUGCAUAUAUUUCUAAUUACACUUACAAUGGGUUGUUCACCUUUUUGCUUAACUCUCUCUUCAAAGUGCCUUUUUAUUAAUAUUUAUGUGACAAACACCAGGCAGUGAACAGGACUCACAUGCUCAUUAUCUAGAGGGAAAGUAAUAAUGAUCUUGUAAAAACUGUAACAUCUCCCAGGUCUGACUGUUAACCUUUGUCAUCCUUGCCAAUGUGCAGCACUCUAUAGAACUACUCCUUUCUCGCGCUACCACAUCUCUCCUUUUGGUAUCAUUCACGUGCACUUUAGGUCUAAGAAAUACCCAUUCUCAAUCUCUGAGCCAAUAGUCAGCAUAUUGCAGUACAAUACUGUUGUUAAUUUGCAUUCACAUUGGUAUAGCUGGGACACCAGCGACACGCAUGCUUCUUAUUAUAUUAGGUAUGUACUCACUAAACACUAACCAAAUUUCGCCAUCCCACUCUUUAAUAUGUGCAUGAUGUGUCUGUGUUGCUGUUUGAAACAGAUUUGUCAAUUCUGUCACAUGCGAGCAUUGUUUUACAACCAUGGCGGGGGUGGGGCUAAUACAUUUGUCAUUUUGUUUUUAAACAGUGUGAGGAAAUUGCAACAGUUUGCUUUUGGAACAAACAAAAAGUGAUAUUGUAAUGUAUAGAAUGGAACAGCUUACCAUGACCAAUGCGUGUCAAGGGGAUCAGUAUGCUGUUGCUUUGGAGAGACAUGGCUGUUUUAAUACAGAGAAUUACUGACAUGCUGUGUCCUUGAAAAUGUGUGUCCAAGAUGGGGGAGGUUGAGUGCAGUGGAUGUAUUUGGGGGGAGCAUAGUAUAUCUAUUCUGGAUCUCUGAGGUGUUCUGAUGGGGCUUUGCUGUGUCUAUGCGUGUGUUUUCUGUGUGUUUCUAUGUGGUGUGACGCAGCAGUACCCUACCGAGGAGGACAUGAUUGAGUGGGCGAAGAGGGAGAGUGAGCGGGAGGAGAAGGCGCGCCUGGCCAGACAGGCACAACAGGAACAAGAGGAUCUGGAGCUGGCCAUUGCCCUGAGCAAGUCUGAGUUCUCCUGAAAGUCUCCGGUCACCCCUUGUGAUCCAGCACUCACCAAAGGAGGGAGGGGUGGGAAAACUGAACUAAAGGGCCUACUAUUCUGACCCAAUGAAGAGAUUUUGAGUAUUGGCUCCACCCACCCACCCCACACAUUUUCACCAACCCUCUUUGUUUCACUCAUCAUUGGCAAUUUCAGUUUUGUCUAUGUAACAACAAAUCCUCAUGUUAUUUUUGGUGUUUGGCUGAGUAGUGGGUAUAGAGCUGUGAUUGUCUGUUAGACUUCAAAAAGCCCUCCUUGUACAAUAAGUAGACAUGGAGAUUGUGUAGUGUGUGUGUGUGUGUAUAUAUAGCUGUAAUGUCCCUUCAUUUCAACUACACAGACCACAUUGCUAGUAACAAACUGCAAAAGUUCUGCCCCCGUCUGCAUUGCUCUUGCCUGCUCCAACCCAGACCAGAUAGUAUUGAGCACUUUAAAAAAUAUAUAAACUUUAUAUGAUUAACUCUAACAAGAUACGAAAAGAGUAAUGUUCAUCUGGGUGUAAACCAAUGUCAAAUUGUAAUCCAUAUGUGAUCAUUAAGGGUUGCCUGGGGCAAGUGACCUGACCAGUCGUGCAAGUUGACUCUGCUCUGUGGUUGCCCCAUUGAUUCCUUUCAGACCUUAAUGUCAUUCAUCUGGCUAUACACCAGACAUCUACAGUAUGUGGUGAAUUGGAUUUCAUGUCUGAGCUGACUUGAGGUCUUUCUAGUGCUUGUGUAAAAAAACAAUGUUCUUAGAUGACCUGACGUAUGUCCUUACGUCAGGUUCUACCAAAUUAAGUAGCCAUUUUAUGAAUAGAGUAGAAGUCAAAUGAUCCAGAGGGUUAAAAGAACAAAGAGGACAUCCCUCUUCAGAUAAACACUAAUGUGUGAAUGAAUCCAUGCAUUAGGCAAUUGUGGUGCUCCGUCUACUUCGACUACAGUUAACAUGAUUGAAUUUGUGCAUAUAGUUCUAAUGACACUACUUACUAUCGGUUGUUCACCUUUUUGCUCAACUCUCUUUAAAGUGCCCUUUUAUAAAUAUUUAUGUGCUAAACACCAGGCAGUGAACAA